AUGCAUUUUGUGCAUGCCAUGCUAGUUAGUUUAAAAGAACACGUAUAACAGUGAGGUAGAAUUCAUGCUGGGUUCUGUUUUGUUGUUGUAAAUUUUGAAGUGGUGCUAAUACAUCGCUGCAUGCGUGUCUUUUUGAUCUGUCUGUCGCUGGAGAACCGCGGAUGGUACAAAAAAAAAGUGACAGAAACGCGCGCAUCAUCGGAUCUUAAUUUUUUUUACUGACAGCACUAGUGACUCGCGAAGGAAGAACAUUAUCCCAACUCAGCUCCUUUACAAUAUUUGGUCAAUGGAAAGGCUCCUGUAAAGUAAUUCAGCUAUUGUGUGUUUUGCCCAAAGGGAUUUCACAUUGACGGUAUUCGACCUCGAAACGAUAGUGAAUAUGAAGAAAUACAGUUCCAGCUACUAAACUGAUCCGGAGUUAAAAGGUUCGAUCUAGUGGCAGAACAAUUUCCGAUCGAACUAUACUUUUAUCGAUUGUUCUGCGAUGAGGAAUUUGGUUCCGGAUUUGAUCAUUUGCUUUAUAGUAAUAUUGACUAUUACAAUAGUACAACUGGUUUCGAGUAUACUGCAUCAGAGUCUAGGAGAAGGACCGGCUGUGCCUUCACUGACUGAGGUAGCUGCCAGUCGGCAGGAUGAGUUGACGCUAUCCCAGUUGAUUGAUCGAAGGUCGAAGGAAUAUUCCUGGGUAAUCCGAUUAUCGAUCAACACCUUCGGUUACCUGUGCGUGUUAAUUCCCGGAGUGUUGAUAUACAAGUAUACCCGGAAAAUCAAAUACUUGGAACGUUCUGAUAAGUCUCUGCUAUCGAAUGCUGUGCGUUUCUGCUUUGGAGGUUCUUCCGACGGAGAGCGAGGAAUCGAUGGAAGAAAUGCAGAUAAAGGAGCUGGUACGAAGAGGUCGUCGGUGCAGGAAUGCAUUCUUCUUUUCUACUGUCUCUUUGGAUUGAUGGGAUCGUACCUGACGUGGGGAGUACUUCAAGAGAAAAUUAUGACCCAGGAGUACGUGAAUGCAGAUAAGAAAAAAGUUCACUUCAAGGAUUCGCAGUUUCUUGUCUUCACUAAUCGAGUGCUGGGAUUCAUGAUCACUGCCGUUUAUUUGACAGUGAAGCGGCAAUUGAGGCAACGAGCUCCUCUGUAUAAAUUUUCGUAUGCCUCUUUUUCGAAUAUCAUGAGUGCAUGGUUUCAGUAUGAAGCACUGAAAUUUGUGAGCUUCCCCACACAAGUCCUGGCAAAAUCAUGCAAAAUUAUACCAGUUAUGAUGAUGGGCAAAAUUAUCUCGCGCAACAAAUACGAGUUCUACGAAUACAUAACAGCGAUUAUGAUUUCGGUUGGAAUGAUCUUCUUUCUGACUGGGUCAACGGACGAAUCUAAAACAACGGCAAUGACGACUCUAACCGGUGUUUUGCUUCUGACAUUUUACAUGAUAUUCGACAGUUUCACCUCCAACUGGCAAGGCGAGCUAUUCAAAACGUACUCCAUGUCCUCUAUUCAGAUGAUGUGCGGUGUCAAUCUCUUCAGCACCCUUUUCACAGCUGCUUCGUUGUUUAUGCAAGGUGGUUUCUACAGUUCGUUGCAGUUUGCAGCCGAACACCCGAAAUUCGUUCUGGAUUGCAUUGUGCUGUCAAUUUCCUCCGCUAUUGGUCAGCUUUUCAUUUUCUACACCAUCGCCACUUUCGGAGCAGUGGUGUUCACCAUCAUCAUGACCCUAAGGCAAGCCAUUGCCAUUCUUCUAUCGUGCUGGAUCUACAAGCAUAGUAUCUCAUUCCUGGGUGUCGUUGGAGUGGUAAUCGUGUUUCUUGCAAUUUUCUUAAGGGUAUACUGCAACCAACGACUGAAAGCUAUCAAACGGAGACACGCUUCCGCUGAUGCUGUUGCCGGAAAGCCUCGCUUGAACGUUUAAAAUACCAAAAAAGAAACAUAAGGAGAAUGAAAUGGUUUGUACUUUGUACUUUUUAUUUUAAUAGUGACGAUAAAAGCACAAAAAGUGAUCUUACAGUGGAUAUAAGACUUAAAUAAAGAAAAUGCAGGACAGUGAUUAGUUAGUGCGUUGAACAAAACGGCUUGUACUAAUUUAGUGCGUGUUCCUUUUGUUGCAAAUUGACGAAAUCCGUAGAUUCGCUAUGCAAUUGAAUGUUGUUGCUUCAUCCGAAUUUUUAGUAAGCGAAUGAGAACAGAAGAUUAAGUAUUUAAAAAAAACUAA